AUGGCUUCAGCAAAUCCAAAUGAUCUCAACAAAAUUUGGGAACUUUCUUUAUACGAGUUGCAUAGGUCUCCUCAAGAACCUAUUACAGACAACACCGAAAUUGAAAUAUCGCCACAAAGUCUACAAAGUGAACUGAUGUGUCCAAUAUGUUUGGAUGUAUUGAAAAAGACUAUGACUACUAAAGAAUGUCUCCAUAGAUUCUGUUCAGAAUGCAUUGUGACUGCCCUUCGUUCAGGCAACAAAGAAUGUCCUACUUGUCGUAAGAAACUAGCUUCUAAACGGUCCCUACGUCCUGAUCCAAAUUUUGAUCUUAUCAUAUCUAUGAUAUAUCCUAACCGUGAUGAAUACGAAGCACAUCAAACUAGAAUAUUGGAAAAGUUAAAUAAGAGUCACAGUCAAGCUAAUUUAGUUCAGUCAAUAAACGAAGGUAUUAAAUUACAAACUCAAAAUCGACAACAACGAAUCAAAAAGAACCAACAUGAAGAACUAAAUGAAAGUAGCUCAUCAAAUACUUCAAAACCUUCAAAUAGUUCAAGUCAAGAUAAUGUAACAAGAACAAUGGUGCAAACAAAAGUGGCAAAAAAGAUAAAGUCUGUUAUGAUCUCGGAAAAAGAAGGACCCGACUCAACUGUUGACACCAUGGAUACUGCAGAAUGUAAUGGCGCUUCAAUAGGUGUACCAGUAGAUGAAAUAGAACUUGUAUUAAAACCUCAUCCUACAGUAAUGACCAGUGAUAAUCCRUUCAUUAGUGUUUUGAAAGAAAACUCUGUACGUUACAUAAAAACAACAGCUAACGCAACAGUUGAUCAUUUGAAUAAGUACUUAGCUAUGCGAUUGAAUGUGGACCUUGGUUCUGAGCUUCCGGAACAA